AUGGCGCAAGUGCUCGCAGAGGCUGAAGAUGCCGCAAUCUCGAAUAAGACGGACUGGCCUUCUGUUGCUCGCAAGGACGUGAUUAUGAGGAUGACAGAGAGCCAACUUAAUGAUAGAGAGGCUUCGGCAUCCGAGCCGACUCGAAUAUUCGACCUGGCAGAGCAAGCUGCACCGGCCACUCAGAUACAGCCUCGAGACCGACGCCCUGCCGACGGCACUCUAUAG